AAAACUAUCUAUAAUGUAAGCUGCUCUUCUUAAACCCUCUCUCCCAUUUCAAAAACCUUAUCUUCUCUUUGGCUAAAGCAGAAACAAAGGCUAAAAUGUCUGCAACAUCUGCUUCAUCUCUCAUCCUCCCAUCUCUCAAACCCAAAACCAUAUCUUUACCAAACCCAACUCCCAUUUCACUGUCCCCCUUCUCUCUUUCCCACCGCCUCCAUGCAAAGCCUCUCUUUUCUUCCUCUCUUCAAAGUUUCACGCUUUUAACAAAAAAGUCUUCUUCUUUUCCUUCUAAUUUUGUUAGAAACGUUUCCGUUUCAUCUGAGUACGGUCAGGAAGAGGGUUUAUUUGGUAGUGAUGAUGAAGAGGCUACUAGGUUCUCCCCUGACUUGAAACUUUUUGUGGGCAAUCUUCCUUUUAGUGUGGAUAGUGCUCAGCUUGCCGGCUUGUUUGGAAGUGCUGGAAAUGUUCAGAUGGUUGAGGUGAUUUAUGACAAGGUAACUGGGAGAAGUAGGGGAUUUGGUUUUGUAACCAUGUCUACUACUGAGGAAGUGGAAGCUGCUGCUCAACAGUUCAAUGGCUAUGAACUUGAAGGGAGAGCGUUGAGGGUAAACUCUGGACCACCUCCUCCUCGUAGGGAAGAAUUUUCUCCUAGGGCGAGAGGUGGUUCAACCAUGGGUGCUUCAAAUCGUGUCUAUGUUGGUAACCUUUCGUGGGGCGUUGAUGAUUUAGCACUGGAGACCUUGUUCAGUGAGCAAGGCAAGGUUGUGGAAGCAAAAGUUGUUUAUGACAGGGAAAGUGGUAGAUCAAGGGGUUUCGGCUUUGUAACUUACAAUUCUAGUGAAGAGGUGGAUGGUGCUGUCAAAACAUUUAAUGGUGUUGAGUUGGAUGGCAGACCAAUUCGAGUCUCAGUGGCCGAGUCUAGGCCAAGGCGUCAAUUUUGAGUGCAACUGGUAUCUACCGGUACUGCUAAAGUUCUUUGGGAAUCUACAAACAUGCAAAUUGUAGCAGCUGCAUUUGGAUGGUAUUCGCAAUCUGUGCUUAGAUUAGAUUAGAAAGAGCCGAUGACGAGAUGAUAAUAUCAAUUGAAAUAUUUUGGUCAUAUGUUCCAAAAGUAUCAUGAUUCAGUGACUGACAUGCGCCUUAAUUUUGUUUAUUCAAGUGUGGGAUUUCCAGUUAGCA